CGCAGUGGGCGUGGCGGGACGUCAGUAUCAUGGCGAGCUCCAUCUGAAGUCUGCGCGGUCCGAGAGAGGCGAUCCUCAUUUAAGACUGACUCAUCUUUCAAGAGGAUUUGAGACUAAUUGCAGAUAAUCAAGAAGAUGCCUUCUGCAUCCUGUGAUACACUACUGGAUGACAUAGAAGAUAUUGUGUCACAGCAAGACUCAAAGCCACAAGAUAGGCAUUUUUCAAGAAAGCACAUUGUUCCAAAGGCCCGAAGGCGAAAUACCCAAAAAUGUUUGCAAGAGGAAGAUAGUCCACCAAGUGAUAGCACUAUUCCAGGCAUACAGAAAAUUUGGAUACGAACAUGGGGUUGUUCUCAUAAUAAUUCAGAUGGAGAAUAUAUGGCUGGACAACUAGCUGCUUAUGGAUAUAAAAUUACAGAAAAUGCAUCAGACGCAGAUUUAUGGCUCCUGAAUAGUUGCACUGUAAAAAACCCAGCGGAAGACCACUUUAGAAAUUCAAUUAAAAAUGUUUCCACCUCUCUAAACAACCUUAAAGCUUGGUACGCAAAUGGAUUCCGAUGUUGGAAGCUAAAAUCUACCCCAAGUUUCACUCCCAGCCAGGUGACUUGCAUUUCCAGAGACUUGAUAGACAUUAGUGGAUUCUCAGAUUUAGUGUGUCCCACAAGAGCUCAAGAGGAGAACAAGAAGAUAGUGCUGGCUGGAUGUGUUCCUCAAGCCCAGCCGCGCCAGGACUACCUGCAAGGACUGAGUGUCAUAGGGGUUCAACAGAUAGAUCGUGUAGUAGAAGUUGUGGAGGAAACAAUUAAAGGUCACUCCGUGAGACUGCUGGGUCAGAAGAAGGAUAAUGGGAAACGGUUGGGGGGAGCACCGUUGGAUUUGCCGAAGAUUAGAAAGAAUCCACUGAUAGAAAUCAUUUCCAUCAAUACUGGGUGUCUCAAUGCUUGUACCUACUGCAAAACUAAACAUGCCAGAGGAAACUUGGCCAGUUAUCCAAUUGAUGAACUAGUAGACAGAGCCAAACAGUCUUUUCAAGAGGGUGUUUGCGAGAUAUGGUUGACCAGUGAAGACACAGGGGCUUAUGGCAGAGAUAUUGGCACUGAUCUCCCCACGCUGCUGUGGAAGCUGGUUGAAGUGAUUCCUGAGGGAGCAAUGCUGAGGCUGGGCAUGACAAAUCCGCCCUAUAUUUUAGAGCAUCUGGAGGAAAUGGCGAAAGUCCUUAAUCACCCCCGUGUGUAUGCUUUCCUGCACAUACCGGUGCAGUCCGCCUCGGACGCCGUGCUCAUGGCAAUGAAGAGAGAAUACUGCGUGGCUGACUUCAGGAGAGUGGUGGAUUUUCUGAAAGAGAAAGUUCCUGGAAUAACUAUUGCUACAGAUAUUAUCUGUGGUUUUCCUGGAGAAACAGAUCAAGAUUUUCAAGAAACAGUGAAACUUGUUGAAGAGUACAAAUUUCCAAGCCUCUUUAUUAACCAGUUUUACCCAAGACCAGGAACUCCUGCUGCAAAAAUGGAACAAGUUCCAGCACAAGUGAAAAAGCAAAGAACAAAAGAUCUUUCUCGGGUAUUUCACUCUUACAGUCCGUAUGAUCACAAGAUUGGUGAAAGACAACAAGUGUUAGUAACAGAAGAAUCCUUUGAUUCCAAGUUUUAUGUUGCACACAAUCGAUUCUAUGAGCAGGUUUUAGUGCCAAAGUACCCCACAUUCAUGGGGAAAAUGGUCGAAGUGGACAUUUAUGAAUCCGGAAAGCAUUUUAUGAAAGGGCAGCCAGUAGCAGACGCCAAAGUCUACACACCAUCCAUCAGCAAACCAUUAGCCAAAGGAGAAGUCUCAGGCUUGACCGUGGAAUUCAGAAGCAGGCGUGGGGGUCCCCUGAGCUCCCUGUCCCAGUGCGACUCGGCGGGUUCCAGAGUGGGGCUGCGGCUGCGAAGCCUCUGUCAGGACGGAGCAGUGACGGUGUCUGUGGGCCUCGCCCUCUUUGCUCUUCUUUUUGCUCUUUUUGCCAAGCUCUAUAAUUAAAACACAACUAAAUGAAGCAUCUGCGAAGAAGAAUAAAUUCCUAAUUAAAGUCUUCAGUGAACAGGAAGCAACCACAUCAGUUCUCAAAGGGCAGUCAUUUAUACUGGCCUCCUGGCCGCCUUUUAGCCACACUUUUUGGUGAAGCUCACCCUGUCUCACGUGGAGUGGGGCCCACUGGUUAUUUGAGCUCAAACUUCAUAACAGCUGCCAUAGCCUGUCUUUCACUUUAAGCUCCUUUUGGUUUAUUUUUAGCAAGAAAUGCAAGUGGCUGCCUCCUCUUUAAGUCGUCAAUCUUCAGGUCAGAAUCUGACACACAGGAGUGGGCCUGGUCACCUCUUCCUUAGGUGGGGAGACUUUCCAACCUUUAAUAAACAUUUUUAAAUGCA